AUGCUUCGCAGAAGUCAACGAAUAAGCUCAUACUCGACAGGCCAAGGAGUCGCCAAACCCCGCGAUGAGGGUAUUACCGCCAAGGCCAAACUCAAACCCGCGUAUAAUAACGUCAGCAAGAAAGCCUCAGUGAACCUGCGCGCGGUCAACUUGACCGGUGCCAACUGUACAAAUAAGACGUGUGACAAAAUUCUUCAAGGCGAAUUCAAUUUUGUUCAUGUGAGUCCAGAGAUCGCUUUGUCAAGUGAUGUCUUUGACCGAAUGUGGCGAAAUCCAAGUUUCCAGGCACGUCUCGUGCUGAUCGUCGUCGACGAGGCACACAUGGUGUACGAGUGGGGGAUGGUGGCUAGUGGGGAGGCCAGGCGACUCGCCUGUCAGGCCCGUGUCCAGGAUGCGGGUGUUUUCCGCCUGUCCUAUGGCGAUCUCUCUCGGCGCAUCCUUUCCGCCGGCAAGAUCCCCCUCCUCCUGAUGUCUGCAACUUGCACGCCGCAGGCGUUAAAUGCGAUUACAGAGAAUCUGAAACUUGACCCACGAGACGUAUGA